UUGAACAUGGACUGUACCAUGCUGCUCCGGGUAGUGGCUUGUUCCACAUUCCCAUGUCAAUUCGCAGCUUAUGGGCGUGGAGUUUGCAGAAGCUGCUGGAUCUCGCAGAGUGCUGCUGCUGAUGCUGCCACCCGUGGGCGACAUUAAAAGGCAUUAAGAGCAAACGGAGGUGACACUUGCAGCCAAGUCCUGCAGAUAAAUUGAAGCUUGCAGGAGGUGUGGAGAAAUCAGCUGCGUGAACCGUGAUGAUCACAGUCACAAACGGAAUACAUUUUUGAAUUAUUAUACUCUUCUCAAAUCUGGAAACACCGAGCAGCAUAGUUGACUACGUACGGUGUGAAAGAAGUUCAACAUACAUACAGAACACCGUCCUCAUCAAAAAUCGAGACAAGUACUCACUACAUCGCACAACCUGCAGUACAGUAUGGGCCAACUUCUGGACACAACUGCUGCUGCUGCUCAGGAAUGGAGCUCUUUCUUGGGGCACCAGGCACUGAUCAGCCUGGCCAUAUUUUGCAUAAUAUUCCUGGUUCUUCGGGCUAUACUCCAGGAGGUAAAGGCAACUAAACGCCCAUUGGACUUUCCUCCUGGCCCAAAGGUGAUACCAUUUUUAGGGAAUGUGUCUUUGUUUAAGAAGCCCGAUGUUGCCUUAGACGAAGUUACGAAACAGUAUGGAGAGGUGUGCAGCGUAAUGGUGGGCAAGAUUUCCAUGGUGUUUGUGAGUGGCUACCAGGCAGUAAAAGAGGUCCUAGUGCAUCAAGGGCAUGAGUUUGCAGACCGGCCAAACACCCCCUUCAACAAAAAAGUCAACGGAGGCCUAGGCAUUAUUUUUGCUCCAUAUGGAAAAUAUUGGAUGCAACAUCGUAGGUUUACUCUGUCAACAUUGCGGAAUUUUGGACUUGGUAAGUCAUCCAUAGAACAAACCAUUCAGGCAGAGGUUGGCUUCUUAAUCGAGGCAUUUAAACAGAAAGGAUCGGCAUUUGACCCUCACUACGACUUAAACAGUGCUGUGGGAAACAUAAUUUGUUCCAUGGUUAAAGGGAAACGGUAUGAAUACAGUGAUAAGCAGUUCCAGGAUUUUUUGCACCUCGUUGAAAACAAUCUUCAACUCCAAUCAGGGCUGCUGGGAACUUUAUGCAACAUCUUUCCCUUCUUGAUGGACUUUCCUGGACCGCAGCAGAUAAUAUUCAAAAGCAUGGCAAAAUCGAAACAGUUUAUACGUGAUAUAAUAUCUGAACGCCAUGCAACAAGAGAUCCCAUCAAGCCAAUGUGCCUGAUUGACGCCUACUUGUCUCAAUUGGAGAAAGAGGACAAUCCCAACAGCAGCUUCUCAGAACAGAGUCUCAUCAUGUUGGCGUUGGACCUUUUCAUUGCUGGUGCAGAGACCACCUCCACCACAUUACGCUGGGGCCUUCUCUACAUGAUGAUGCACCCUGAAAUACAAGCCCAGUGCCAUGAGGAGAUUGACAAGAUUGUGGGAUCAGAUCGACUACCAUGCAUGGAGGACAGACACAGUCUGCCCUAUCUGGAUGCUGUGAUCCAUGAGAUACAGCGCUUCAGUAACAUUGUUCCUUUCGGGGCUCCACAUGCCACCACUGCAGAUGUCAAGUUCCGCCAGUACUUGAUUCCAAAAGGGACGAUCAUAAUGGUGAAUAUGAAAUCGGUUCUGAGCGAUGAAAACCAUUGGAAAACCCCAUACGAAUUCAGUCCUGAAAACUUCCUUGAUGAGGAUGGCAAGUUUGUAAAGCCAGAUGCCUUCCUGCCCUUCUCUGCUGGCCCCCGUGUCUGCUUGGGGGAAAACUUAGCAAAGAUGGAGCUCUUCCUUUUCUUUGCAUCUCUUUUGCAGCACUUUGAGUUUUACUGGCCUGAUCUGGUCUCUGCACCAACCCUGGGUUACAUAUUACAGAUCACCAAGGCUCCAAAAUCUUACAAAUUGGGGCUUCAUCUCCGCAAUGGAACAUAGUUUAAAGAGUGCUAUAGUGUGUGUGCUGGUUUGAGUCUAUCAUGUCUGAGCACACAUGCACGCAUUGGAAAAGGUUUUAUAUAUAUAAAACAAUACAUGACGAUUGGUGAAAAAAAACUGGUAGAAAUCUGGUGUACAACAAUACGUGAAUCAAUUUAACUGUUUCUAGUAAAUCGUUUAAUCAUAUGUUACGUUAGUUUAAAGAUAGACAUGAUAGUUUUCUCCAAACAUCUUCCAUUACUUCAGCGAAUUUGCCCAAAAAUAAGUUGACCUUCAUUUCAUACUAUCUUUCACAAGUCACCCGGGGCCCGAGUACAUGAACGUAGAAAUAGAUAAUUGACGUGAUAGCUACUUCACAAUUUAAACUCGAGGUUAGCUCAGAUCGUGGAAUGUGCUGGAUAUGCUCUCUACUCUGUGUGGCAAUUAUAGUGACAUACUGUGCCCGCAUAAGGCACAGAAUGCGAGCUAAUAAAUACGCAAACUUUAUUUCUGAAAAAGGAAGACAUUGAUGGCCGAGCUGUGGAGGUCCAAUUACAUUUUCAGGAUCUUUAUGGCCUCACAAGAGAUUGUUAUACGAGUGGGUUGCAUUAUGAGCGAGAGACUAGAUGGAGUGGAGUGGCCCAAAGGCUGGAAGAAGCCCAGAGAUGGGCCAGAGAGCCAGGGACCCAGAAUGAGCAGAGCAUGGCAGAUGAGGGUCAGAUCCUAGAAGAUCCAGAGGAGCCAGGGGCGACCGUGAUGUUCACAUAAGCUUGGUAGGCUGCCCUUGACCGAAGCCGUACAUUGCACGAGAGGUAUCGUGGUAAAGCAGUUAAAGUAUUGCGGUGAAGCAGUGGAGAAGCUAAUAGCUAUUUGUCAGGAUUCCAGUUCUUAAAUAGUAUAGAGCCGAUACAUACGAAAGUGAGAUUAAGGAGACUCAAAGUUAGUGCGGCAGAAGAAAUCUGAGGAGACAGAGAAGACAUUUGCCUACUGGAACAGGAAACUCAUUUUGAGAUGGAUAGAGGUUAACACGAAACCGUAUUGUGCUAGGUCACAAACUAAAGUAAGUGACUGUAAAACUACAAGUCUGUGAAUAGUUGUCACGGUGAAGUCAUGUAUGCACGUCGGACGUUCAAAGGAGGCCAACGUCAUCGUUCUACACAUCGUCAAGACCCGACCAUCCCCGGCCAGUCACCAGCUGCAUCAACCACCUGGCUGCCAUGCCGUCAUCCAUAAAGCUGCCGUCUUUGCUUUUCAGGAGACAUUGUGUGCGAGCGGCAUUACAACAAAAACGUAUUUUACUCAUCAAUUAACUUCAGUCACCAGUCAGAAGCUUCCUACACUUCUGCCGUGUCGCCUCAACUGUGGUGUACGAGGUCAUCUGCUGCAGACUGUACCUGAAAUAAAUACGAAUUCACAAUUAUCACCCCCUGACAUACUUAACCAAUCAUCACAAUUUCAUUAUCACAUAUUGACAUUCAGCGGAACGUAGAAACUAACGAGUUCGUGGUGCCGAUGAUAUUCUGAGUGUACUAUACACCAACAACAUUAAGUGUGCUUCAUACUGAGAAAGAUGGUGGCAGCUGGCAGCAACAGUCAUCUGCACAAUCCCUAAUUUCCCUCCUCCAUCCCUUUACCUCCCCUACCAUGACCUCCUUGUCUCUUCCCCUGCCGUAUUCCCGUCCACCACCACUAUUUUUUAGGUAUAUAAUUUCUUCAUUAUUUUGGUGAUGUCCGUGUUUUGAUUUGUUUGGAGGCACCGCUCCCGUACCUGCUGCCUGCACCCACUGGCGCAUCCGUUUGGUAGCCCGGGUUACUCACUGGGGUGCAGCGUCGCCCUGCGCAGCGCGGAUUCCUCAUCAUCCCGUGCGACCGGUGGGUCGCUCCUUCGCAGGGCCAUGCAACCACCGGGGGGGCUUUGGCUGCCCGAGGUCAUCGGGGAUUUUUUGCGGUGCCCGAGAUGGAAGGAACCUGCGGCCGGGAUCUUUCCUGGGGGAGUCUUUCACUGUGUCUGCGUGCGGAGCGUGGUGGGGAGCACUCCGCGAUCUUCCUCGUCGCGAGCUUGGCCCGGAAUUCUGCUAAAUUGUAGGGAAGUGGACGUCGUCGACGGAGUGACAGACUCGCUCGCGGAGGCACCCUUCCCUCGCCUGGCUCCCCCCUGGCCGACCCCCUUUGUCUUCCCAAUGAGAUGCCUCAACACUUUUCCACCCCCCAGAUUUUUGUUGCUCCCCAGCUACGACCAGGCCUACCCCAAUACCCUCCUCAUGACUCCUGCCUGUUCUGAUGUCACUAAAAUUACACCACCACUUUAAAUAAUAACCCCAUUCUUCAUCUCAAACUGCUAUCUUACGUACAAUUUUAUAAUACCUUGGAAAUGGCGCAAUAUAAAUUUCAAUAAGAUAUCUUGAAAGCUGAUUGCAUUUGUUGAAUUAUGUGCCUUGUAAUAAUCAUAGCGUGUACUGGGUCAUAACACCUUUUUUACCUGAAUUCUGAGUUAAGUCAUUGAUUUGUUUUAAUUGUGUAACAGUACCAUCCACAACUUUAAAGCUUUGGCUCAAGUGUUCGGAUUUCAAAAUAAUUUACUAUUCUGUAAUGAUCACAACACUACGUUGUUUCUAUUGUAUUGUAAAAAAAUAUGAAAAUGUAAAAAUGGCAACUGUGGAAUGUUAAUGUAUUCCAAUGUCAAUUAAAUGCGUUUUGUUAAUGCAUAAUUAUUGCGCGUAAAUUAAUAAUUGAUUGGUAUGCAUAUGCUUAUUAAAAAAUAUAUUUUAAUACGAUUUAUAAAUUCAAGAUCAGUUAGUGAAUUCCAUUAAACAAUAGAUUUUCGCAUUAAUGACAAGUUAUUAUUGGCUUUCACGUUGUCUAGGGGUGUGUUAUCAAUCGUGAUAAUAUCAAUGAUUCUCGCUUUAACAUUUUCUGAUUAUAACUUUAUCAAUGUGUACCGUAUUUUCCCGCAUAUAACCCGCGGGGUAUACCACUUUUUACAAACAAAACAAGACCCUGCGUGGUAUAUAGAGGUGCGGGCUAUCCCAAAAAUAUAUUACACGUGUGACA